AUGCCUGCCUCACGAAAGCAGCAGCACACAUUCAGUGAAGCCACUGGAUUGAAUCCUUACCCCAGAUCUCUGACUUUAACAGCCGGAUUGAACAGACCUCAGAUAUCACUGAACCCCUUCCCCGGAUUCUUGAACCUGCCAGGACCAUCAUCAGUCCAGGCGAGAACCACUGUGUCUUCCAUCGGACCCUUCACAGUAUUACCCGAUCCUGAUCCCAUCUUAGUAGACCAAGACGAAGAAAUUCCUGACACACCAGAAACCCAACCCAGAUAUAGAGCUAGAUAUGAAGCUCCUCCACCAGACCCUGAAGAAGAACCAUCAGACAAAGAAGAUUCUGACGACGACAUGCCUAAACAUGUAGAAAAGAAAAUUGGCACUCCCCCUGACUUCAAUGGAGAAAGAGACACCUCCUCCAGAUUUAUCUGA